AUGGCGGCUGAAAUCGUCACAACGUUGGGCGUGCCCAACAUGACUGCGCCAAUACUCGUCGCCAACUUCUCCAAACCGGCCGCGGACCUCGUCAACGCCAGCACACCGCUCCUCGCCGCGGUCGUGCGUGACAGCUACCGCGCCAUCUUCAAGGCCCGCGUCGCCGCCGGUGUGGCAAAGCCUUUCGUGCUACCGUAUGGCAUCUUUGGCACUUUCAUCCUUCCCAUCCUGUACAUGAGCAUUCCGCACCGGAAACGACCAUGGGUCUACGCCGCGAGAUGGGUCGUGCUCGCCUUCAUCGUCGCCUUCAACAUCAAGAUUAUGCGCGAGACUUCCAGCACCAACAUGUCAAUGGGAUACUCCAGCGGCUUGUCGGCGUUUUGGGGAAUCUUGUCCAACGUCACCAACUUGGUCUUCACGGCCCCGCAGUUCGAUUUCGAAAGGGUCGCACGGAGGAAGAAGACAAACACAUCGUCGCCCAAGCCCUCGAGGAAGUCCAGUCGGUCCAACUCCCCCGUUUCGCGAUCGAGCUCGCAGAGUGGACUCCGUAAACGUGCCGGCAGCAAGAAGCGACGCAACAAGGUCACUGCCCCUGAGGCCAACGUGGACGAGUACGAGUACUACUGGCAGUCUUAUCCCGACAACGGCACCUUCAUGGAGCGUCUGGGUUGGGUGGUUGACCUCUACACCAACUUCAGAGGAGUCGGCUGGUCCUGGGCCGUCUCGUCCGUCCCCAGCCCUGCUCCCCCUGAGCACCCGCACACCGAGGAACUCGUCAAGAUGGACACGAUCCCGCUGGAGACAUUCGUGGGCUGCCAAACCUACAAGAACGAACGCGAUUUCAUGCGACGCAAGAUCAUCCCCAUCUCGAUGGCGUACAUCAUCCUCGACAUCUUCAAAGUCAAGAGCACCGAGGACCCCUAUUUCAUCUUUGGCAGCGCUCCGUUCCCCCUGCCUCCUCAUCUCGCUGGCACCCCGCCUUGGCUUCUGUCCCUCUACCGACACUCCGGAAUUAUCUGCACACUAUACGCCUCCAUAGUCAUGGUGUUCUCCGUACACGACCUGUUCCAAUACUACGUCCUCAGCAAAUUCUUCCCCAUGCGCGGCGAGUUGUGGCAGUACUCCUCCGUCUUCGGCUCCUUUUCGCAAGUUUUCGAUAGAGGAUUGGCCGGCUUCUGGGGCGCUUGGUGGCACCAGACCUUCCGCCACUCCUUCUCCGCCCCCGGCAACUGGCUCGUCGAGCACGGCUACCUGAAGAAGGGCACACGAUCCACCAAGCUAAUUAUCAUGGCCAUCGCCUUCUGGCUCUCCGGUCUCCUCCACGGCGCCGGCAGCGUGACGGCGAUCCCCGAGACGAACUGGCUGAAGCCCUGCUCCUUCUUCUGGGCUUCCGGCGUCGGCGUGCUCCUCCAGCAGGGCUUCUGCACGACCUUCAAGCCCCAGAUCGCGAAGCUGCCCCGCAUCGUUCGAAGGCUUGGAAACCUGCUCUUCGUGUUCGUGUGGCUGCAGAUCACGGUCAAGCCGCUGGCGGACGACUUCGCCGAGACCGGCCUCUGGCUCGUCGAGCCCGUCCCUGUGUCUGUUGUGCGAGCUCUGGGUUACGGUCGCGGGGAGACGUCGUGGUGGAAGCCCGACAUGGAGGCGAUUGGGCGCUGGCACAAGGGAGAGCAUUGGUGGGAGAGCGGAUUCGGAUACUAG